AUCCCGGCUGGAGUGCCUCCAGAAGGGCAGGUCUCGAAUCUCGAGAACCCCAUCACCAGAGGACACAUGAUUACCACUUGCGACAUUAUCUGCAUGGUUAUUGUCUGCAGCGUUGUCGCAAUGCGCAUGUGGACGAGAAUGCGGAUUGUCAAGAGCCUAUGGUGGGACGAUUGUGAGUUUAAUCUGCGUCUCGCAGUGACAUGGGGUGCUGGCACACACGUUUACGACCUCUCCGUGGCUGAUCUCUACCCUUCCCUGCUGCGCGGAUGGGUCGUGGCUGCUGUCAUGUACAGUGUGACCAUGUUCUUCUCCAAGCUCUCCAUCCUGCUGUUAUAUCGUCGCCUCUUCCCUAUUGCCAACUUCGCAAAGCGCUGGUGGCUUGUGACCGGCUUCACCAUCGCAUACUCGACGGGAGGUGCUUUUGCUUCGUUGUUCCAAUGCAGUCCGUUGACUUCUGCAUGGUCUUUAACUGUCAAGGCCGACUACUGCAUCAACACGGAGAAGUUCUACACUGCCAACGCUGCUUUGAAUGUCGCUUCCGACAUCAUGAUUCUGAUUCUGCCCAUUCCGAUCGUGUGGGGACUCAAUACAGAUUUGCGCAAGAAGGUUAUUCUGACUGGUCUCUUCUCAAUGGGAUCUAUCUCGUGUCUCGUCAGUAUUCUUCGCAUGCGCUCCAUCAUCGUCCUCUAUCAAGCCGGCUUCAGCGACAUGACCUGGGGACUCACCGAAGUCGUCAUCUGGUCGCAAGCAGAACUCACGGCAGCCAUGAUCUGUACCUGCACGCCAUGCUUGCGUCCACUAUUCGAAAAGAUCACUCCUAUGCUC